UAAUUACCCGCGAGCGGCUGGCCUGACGAAGUCGUCGACGGAUCUCGGUGGUCCAGGCGUGACCGGGAGAAAUAGGAAAUUUUGCCAGCUCGCCGCCCGCGAGCCCCGAACGAGUCUCAACCUGCUCAGUCUGCCGUCGGCUGUCGAGGAGGUGGUGUGUCGCGUCAUCAGCUCCCGGCUUCCAUCGUUUUCAACCUUCCUUUCAAACGUAAACUUAAACAUGCCUACAAAUACUCAGGAAGGAUUUGCAACAAAAGCCAUUCAUUCGGGACAGGACCCUUUGCAAUGGAGUCAUUGUUCGGUCGUACCACCCCUAGUUAUGUCAACCACUUUCCGUCAGGAUGCUCCUGCCCAACAUAGAGGCUUCGAGUAUGGCAGAAGUGGGAAUCCAACACGCAAUGUUCUUGAAACUUGCCUAGCAGCUUUAGAAAAUGGCAAACACGGACUUGUCUUUUCAUCAGGACUCGGAGCAACGACAGCUUUAUGUGCUUUGUUGGAGACGGGAAAUCACAUAGUCUGUGGGGAUGACGUUUACGGUGGAACCAACCGAUUGUUUCAAAAAUGUGUUAGUAAGCAGGGAAUUACAGUUUCCUUUGUUGAUGCUUCAAAUACCAAAAAUGUAAUGGAUGCUAUACAACCCAACACAAAGAUGGUAUGGCUGGAGUCACCAACGAAUCCAUUAUUGAAACUAGCUGAUAUUAAAGCUAUUACGGAAGCCGUAAAAGCAGUUCGUUCGGACAUUCUCGUGGUAAUGGAUAACACAUUCCUUACCUGCUAUUUUCAACGACCUUUGGAAUACGGAGUGGACAUUGUCGUGUACUCCUUAACGAAGUACAUGAACGGACAUUCCGACAUAAUAAUGGGUGCGGCGAUUACGAGAAGGGACGAUCUUGAGAGUCAGCUGCGCUUUAUUCAGAACGCAAUGGGAAUCGUGCCGUCCCCGUACGACUGUGCGCUGGUUAAUCGUAGUUUGAAGACUUUGGAAGUUCGGAUGCAACAGCACAUGAAGAAUGGCCUCGCCGUGGCGAAGUUUCUGGACGGUCACCCGCUCGUCGAGAGAGUCAUUCAUCCUCUCCUGCCCUCCCAUCCGCAACACGAAUUGGCACUCAAGCAAACAACUGGCCACAGUGGAAUGGUGACUUUUUAUCUGAAGGGUGACGCGUUUAAAUUUCUUAAAGCGCUGAAGAUAUUCACCCUCGCAGAAUCCCUGGGCGGAUACGAGUCUCUGGCGGAGCUUCCAUCCGUAAUGACGCACGCAUCCGUACCGGAAGCAACGCGGGCAUUGCUGGGCAUUAACGACCAACUAAUCCGCCUGUCCGCUGGUCUUGAGACCGAAAAGGACAUUUUAGCUGACCUCGAUCAAGCUCUGAAGGCUUGCCAAUGAAGACGCGACCCAACGCCGAUAAUGUGAAUUAUAGAAGACAAAUAUUUUAUGAAAAAUCAUUGCACUCGAGACAAAAAUUUUAUACAAUCGUUGUGGGAGUGACCUGGAAUUUUCAAAUCUCUGGCGUCUUACUCCCUGCGUAAAAUAUUUUAACGAAACACCAUCGCAGCCUUCGUGGGCAUUCACUCUUCGAGCUACGUUUCGAGUAUGAUACAAUUUAGAAUGCCUUGAACAAUUUAAUUUAUGUAAUUUAUAUCUAGGAACUAAGAUUUUAACGGCGGAUCCCUUAAUCAGGAAUACGAUGAUCUCGUUGGAGUUUAUUUUUUCCCCUUUUAGCUUACACAGUUGAGUCUUUGAAUGCCCUCCAUAACGUGUACCUUAUUUAUCCGAGUCUACGCGAACCAAGUAGGCGUAUACGAAUUGCUUUACAUUGACGCGUUUCAAGACUGGAAAUCACGGAUAGCCGGAAACCACAUUUACCGCAGCUUUCUUGGCAGUUGUUUUGACAGCGAAUGCGUUAACUUGCUGGCGAAGGGGAAUAAAACGGAAUCCACAACUGGGAAACGGAGUAUAGAUCGGCUGAAGUAGUGAUACCUAUGUAAAUUAAAACCAUUCCAUAGUAGGUUUCAUAAUAAAGAGUGUAAUAGCAAAUGA